GCAACACAACAAACACAAACAUUUCGUUAUUUAUUUUGCGAUUAUAUCUAAAAUGAAAAUUUUAUCUAGAUAAAAUAAAGUGAAUAUAAUUAUGCCAAAUUAGAUUAUUUAUCAAUUACAUUCAGUCAUGUCGGAUAAAAUAUUAGUAACGGGUUUCGGUCCAUUCGGGGAACAUGUAGUUAAUGCGAGUUGGAAAGCUGUGCAAUUAUUACCCGAUGAAAUCGACGGAAUUAACAUAAUAAAGGAAGAAAUUCCAGUCCAGUAUUCCCAAGUUGAACAGAAAGUGCCGGAUUUGUGGAGGCAACACCAACCUUUGUUGGUAAUUCAUGUCGGGGUAUCUCAGGAAGCUAAGGUGAUUACAAUAGAACAAUGCGCGAAGAGAUAUGGUUACGAUCGGUGCGAUGUUUUGGGCCAGAAACACCCAACUGGGGAGGCCUGCGUUUCGGGACAGAAUUGCAUAUUUACUGGAAUUAAUGUAAUGGAUCUUUGCGAUAAAAUUAACAAGGGUGGAUACGUAAAUGCUUGUGCAUCCACUGACGCUGGAAGGUAUCUUUGUGAAUAUAUUUACUAUACUUCUCUAAACAUUGAUCCAUCGAAAGUACUGUUUGUACAUGUGCCGACUCUCGACAAUCCUUACUCAGCUGGAGAACUUGCGCAAGGUUUACUUAACAUUAUUCAAUUUACUUUAGAUCAACUCUUUGGAAAUUACCAGUAAAUGUAUUUAAUAUACUUUAAUAAUUUGGUUAUGAUAUACAUGUAGCACAGUAUUUAAUUUUAAUAAUAUAACGAUCAUGGUUUU